UAAAAGGGGGCCGGCGCGACGGCGCGAGUGCGGCGUUACGGCAGCGGGGAGCGGGCGGAUGCCCGGCGGCGGGGGGAGCCCGGCGCCCGGCACUCAGGGGGGAGCGGAGGCGGGCGAGGCGGGCGGCGGGCCGGCGGGCGGCAGGAUGAGCCUGUCGCCGAAGGAGCUGUCGAGCCUGCUGAGCAUCGUGUCGGAGGAGGCGGGGGGCAGCACCUUCGAGGGCCUCUCCAGCGCCUUCCACCACUACUUCGGCAAGGCCGAGCACUUCCGCCUGGGCUCCGUCCUCGUCCUCCUGCUGCAGCAGCCCGACCUGCUGCCCAGCCCGGCGCAGCGCCUCACCGCCCUCUACCUCCUCUGGGAGAUGUACCGCACCGAGCCCCUCGCCGCCAACCCCUUCGCCGCCGUCUUCGCCCACCUCCUCAACCCCGCGCCCGAGCGCGGAGGCGACGAGGCGGAGCGCACGCCGCUCUCAGGCUUCUUACCUCCCAUAACUCCUCCAGAAAAAUUCUUUCUUUCUCAACUGAUGUUGGCCCCCCCUAGAGAACUGUUCAAGAAGACUCCUCGGCAGAUUGCUUCAAUGGACGUGGGGAACAUGGCCCAGUCAGUGGAUAUAAGUGGGCUUCAGCUGGCAUUAGCAGAACGUCAGUCUGAGUUGCCAACACAGAGCAAGGCCAGCUUCCCCAGUAUUCUCAGCGAUCCUGACCCAGAUUCUUCCAACUCCGGUUUUGACAGCUCCGUUGCCUCCCAGAUCACAGAAGCCUUAGUGAGUGGACCAAAACCUCCUAUAGAAAGUCACUUUCGACCAGAGUUUAUUCGACCACCCCCUCCGCUCCAUAUAUGUGAGGAUGAAUUGGCAUGGUUAAAUCCAAUAGAGCCAGAUCACACAAUUCAGUGGGAUAAGUCAAUGUGUGUUAAGAACAGCACUGGAGUUGAGAUAAAAAGAAUCAUGGCAAAAGCUUUUAAAAGUCCCUUGACUUCCCCACAGCAAACACAGCUCCUUGGAGAACUGGAAAAGGACCCCAAGCUUGUUUACCAUAUUGGUCUCACUCCUGCCAAAUUGCCAGACCUGGUUGAAAACAAUCCUUUAGUAGCUAUAGAAAUGUUGCUGAAACUGAUGCAGUCUAGUCAGAUAACAGAGUAUUUUUCUGUCUUGGUCAACAUGGACAUGUCCUUACAUUCAAUGGAAGUUGUAAAUCGGCUUACUACUGCAGUUGAUCUCCCACCUGAAUUUAUUCAUCUUUAUAUCUCCAAUUGUAUCUCCACCUGUGAACAGAUUAAAGACAAAUAUAUGCAGAACCGCCUGGUACGUCUUGUUUGUGUCUUUCUUCAGUCUUUAAUCAGAAACAAAAUUAUUAAUGUACAGGACUUGUUUAUAGAAGUGCAAGCAUUCUGUAUUGAGUUCAGUCGGAUACGAGAAGCAGCUGGCCUUUUCAGAUUGCUGAAGACACUAGACACUGGGGAAAAUCCAUCAGAGACAAAAACAUCAAAAUAAAAUCACUGUGUCACUGGCAAAAAAACCAACCCUGCCAGCGUUCUAUGCCAAUUAAUUGUAUAUUUUAAACUUAAAUCACUGGAUUAAUAUGUAAUACAUUAUAAAUAGCAUUUUAUGCAUUUAAACAAUAAAUAAUGCUUUUUCUGAUA